CGGGCAGAAGUCAAAAAAAAUUCAAUUUCACGUCAAGUUUCUGUAAUUCUGCCGUGUUUCAACCUUGGUUUCAACGUAUUUUUAUUUACUUUACUAACAAAUUUUACAAAUUUAAUAUUUUAUUAAAUUGCUUGCGUUACGAUUAGAACAUUAUGUCACUAGAAGUUGACGGAACUUUUGUAUCACAAAAGAUUAAUAAAAUACGAUGGAUUCCCGAAGAAUACGUAGAAACAAAACACUUUUUUACCGGCAGUUGGGACGAUGAUGAAAAUUAUAUAAAAGUAUGGUUACUUGAACAUAUAAAUGAAGAUGACGAUGGGGAAGACCCUCGCCAAAUAUCUGAGUAUAAGGUCGCGGGUGAUGUCACGGAAAUUAAGUUUUUAGACAAGAAUAAAAUUGCUGUUUCUAUAUCGAAUGGUGAGGUUAGAAUUCUUGAAAUAAGCGCGUACGAACGACAGGCUCCGUUAAAAGAAGUGUUUGAAUGGAAACAAUUGCACAAAAUAGAGCAUGAUCCAUGUUCGUGCACCUCACUAGAUACAUUUGAAGGAGAUAUAGCUUCUGUCGGUGAAGAUGGGAAAGUAAAUAUACUGAAUGGCAGACGGGGAGACAUUACAAGCACUUUGUAUCACAGUGCAGAUAGCUGUUCCCUGCAUUCAGUGUGCUUUAUCAAGUCUAAUGAGGUGAUAACAGGAAACAUCAGAGGUCACAUGAAGAUAUGGGACAUAAGAUCAGAUAACCAAAAGCCAGCUGCAUCGUUUGUGCUCUCAACAGACGAGCUAGCAGCCACAUGUAUUGUCCAACAUCCAACGCAGCCACACAUUGUACUCGCUGGAAGUGAAUCAGGGUUUAUCGCAGUAUGGGACCUCCGUAUAAACCAAUUUCCCACCACUCUAGUCAACGCCCACUCAGCAGGUGUUACCGAAAUGCAGUUCCAUCCAGAAAAUCCUUAUAGAUUACUCACAAGCUCAGUAUCCGGUGAUAUUUGGGAUUGGGAUAUGGAACUACUAACUAAAAAAACACCAGACAGCUAUUUACCAAUAGAUGAAAAAACAACCAUGAAUGUAAAUAGUAUUAUAACUUUGCGUAAGUCGGUGAAUACAAUACAUUGCGAUAAAGGACGGAUAUUGUGUGGCUGUGAUAAUGAAGCCCUCUAUCUGAUUAAGAAUUUUAAGUUUUAAUUCUGAGUCAAGUGUUUCAAUUAAGACUUGUUACUGAGUGAAUUUAAGCAUUAAAUGCUAGGAUGUUCAUGGUUCAAUGUAUUUUCUCGUUUUCUAGAAGAUGGUAUUCUAAUAAACAUUUUUUAGAA